AUUUUCACCCAAAGGGUGUAUGAACAAGCAUGCAUCCCUCUAAAUAUCUCUCUCCUCUCUAGCUUCAAUCCCCUUUCUAUCUACACACAAACCCUUACAAAAUUAUAAUUCAGAAUCGAAUCUAAAAUCCCAAAUACCAAAAAUAGUAUUUCGUGUUCAUCGAUUCUUCCAUAGAAAUCGGUGUUUUUGGCCUUUAAUCGAAAAUUUUAGGGCUUUCGCUGUGAAUACAGCUGUAAAACAAAUCUCUCCGAAAGAUUUGCUAUUUCUAUUCUUAAAUUUGUAAUUAUUUUCUGUUACAAUGGCAAACGGAACAGACGGUGAAGAAUACGUGUUUUUAUCAUCGAUUCGUCCUGGUUUGAAACGCGAAUUUGCAUUCGCUAUGAAAUCUCAGUCGGAAAAUUAUGGAUUCUGUGGUCGGACGCGCGCUCGGAGGCCGCAGAUGUCGCCGGAGCCUUCACCUAUCAAUAAGAAAUCAAAAACUGCCGAUCUAGGUAAAGGAAAAGAGGAGAAAAUCGAGGUUUGUUCAGAGAAAUUAGUGACCGAAACGAUUUCGAAUACGGAUGAGGAAGAAUCGAAAAGUGACGUUGUUGAUCCCGGUCGAGCGGUUAUUGAACCAAUGAACGAAGUAAAAUCAGAGCCAAUGGAUGACUCAGUAAAGUCGACGAGAAUUAGUUCUGAUUUGAAACCGGGGAAGUCAGUCGGCAACGAGGAUGAUAAAAUUGCAGAGAAGGAUGGGAAUGUGAUUAGUUCCAUUGUUACUCCAUCAAAUGGCAACAAUGACAAAAAGUUAGAAAUAAAAAUGUCAAAGAAGAUUGUGCUGAAGAGAUUUCCAACAAAGCUGAAGGAGCUUCUUGAAACCGGUUUGCUCGAAGGAUUACCAGUUAGGUAUGUUCGUGGCGCAAAGGUGAGAGGGAAUUCAGAAAAAGGUCUUCCAGGUGUAAUCAACGGAGCUGGAAUUUUGUGUUUCUGUGAAUCAUGCGGUGGAAAGGAAGUUGUCACUCCUAAUCAGUUUGAGUUGCAUGCUGGAAGUGCAAAUAAGCGGCCACCAGAGUACAUUUACUUGGGUAAUGGCAACACCCUAAGGGAGGUGCUGAACACUUGUAAAACUGCUCCAUUGGAAGGAUUGGAAGAAACCAUUCUAAAGGCAAUAGGUUGUUCAUCUGAAGAGAAACCUACAUUUUGUCUAAAUUGCAAAGGGUCCAUACCUGAAUCAGGCAGUGGUAAAACAAUGCUUUUGUGUGAUUCCUGCAUGGAUUUGAAAGAGUCUCAACCUCCUCCCCUGAUCCAGACCCAAUGUAGCCCUAAGCUACCUAAUAAUAGUAGAGACAGGUCAGCAUCUCCAGUAUCUGCCCCACAUUCUACUGCCCGAGUAGCCAUCACUAGUACUGGAAGAAGCAAGGGCCAGGGAAGGCUAACAAGAAAAGAUUUGCGAAUGCACAAACUGGUAUUUGAGGAAGAUGUGUUACCCGAUGGAACAGCCUUAUCUUAUUUUGCUCGUGGGGAGAAACUAUUGGAGGGUUAUAAAAAAGGGGCUGGAAUCUUUUGCUAUUGCUGUAACACUGAGGUCAGCCCCUCACAGUUUGAAGCUCACGCUGGUUGGGCUUCACGUCGCAAACCUUACUUACACAUAUACACAUCAAACGGAAUCUCUCUCCACGAACUCUCAAUCAAACUCUCAAAACACAGAAAAUUCUCAGCAGAUGACAACGAUGACCUCUGCUCCAUCUGUGCAGAUGGAGGCGAACUUUUAUGCUGUGAUAAUUGCCCAAGAGCCUUUCACACUGAGUGCAUCUCGGAGGCUGUUCCAAAUGGUACAUGGUACUGCAAAUACUGCCAAAACAUGUUCCAAAAGGAAAAGUUUGUUGAAAGAAAUGAAAAUGCAGUUGCUGCUGGAAGAAUCUCAGCCAUUGAUUCAAUUGAAGAAAUAAAACGUUGCAUUCGUGUUGUUGAAAAUUUUGAGCCUGGGGAACCCGGUGUUCCUGCUAAAAAAGGAGCUCCUGCUUGUGUUUUAUGCAGGGCACAUGAUUUUAGCAAGACUGGCUUCGGCCCUAGAACUGUCAUCAUAUGUGAUCAGUGUGAGAAAGAGUACCAUGUUGGGUGCUUGAAGGAUCAUAAGAUGGACAACCUUAAAGCAUUGCCAAAAGGAGAAUGGUUUUGUUGUUCCAAUUGCAAUGAGAUUCAUGCAUCUUUGGAGAGCCUAGUGGCUGGUGGUCAAAAGAUGCUUCCGGAAGCUUCCAUGGGUGCUAUAAAAAAGAAGCAAGCCGAACAAGGCCUAGAACCCAGUGCUGACCUGGACAUCAGAUGGAGGCUUUUAUGUGGCAAAAUGGGUUCUGAUGACACAAGAGUUUUGCUAUCCAAAGCAGUCGCCAUUUUCCAUGAUCGGUUUGAUCCAAUUGCUGAUUCCACCACCAGCCGUCUCGAUUUGAUUCCCCACAUGGUUUAUGGAAGAAGCUUAAAACAACAGGAUUAUGGAGGGAUGUACUGUGCUAUAUUGACAGUCAACUCAACGGUGGUAUCUGCUGGCAUUUUUCGUAUAUUUGGGGAGGAAGUAGCCGAAUUACCUUUAGUGGCAACAAGUAGCGAAUGUCAAGGAUUGGGUUAUUUUCAAGCUCUGUUUUCUUGCAUUGAACAACUUUUAGCUUCACUAAAUGUGAAAAUUCUAGCACUUCCUGCCGCUGAUGAGGCUGAAUCCAUAUGGAUUAAUAAGUUCGGGUUUCAGAAAAUGCCUGAUUCAGAGUUGAAGCAGUAUAGAAGGAAGUAUCAGCUGAUGGUGUUUCAAGGAACCUCGAUGCUUUACAAACCUGUUCAGAAGGAAUGAACAUGUGGCAGUUGUUGGUUGGUGGAUAGAUAGUGAAGUUUUUUGGGGUGAUAUUAUUGUUAUUAUUAUAUGGAAAAUUAUAGUGGUAGCAAAUAUUAUUAUUCCCUUAUAUUGGUACAGAAGAUGGUGGUGGUGU